AUGCAAACCAAAUUAAUUAAAACUGUUUGUAAACGUGCUGCAUUAAUGCGCGCACCAUAUGCACAAUCAUCAUGGACAACCAACACCCGUCCCAUUAAGAAGAAAAUAUCAACACCUCGAAAAAAUGCAAUUAGUGUUCAAAAGAAUAAAAUUAACAAUAAUAAUAAUAAUAAUAAUAAUAAUAAUAAUAAAUUAUUAAAUAAAAAAAGUAAUAUACUUAAACGUUACAUGGAACUAGUUCAACUACUUGAACUCAAUGAAAAUGGAAGAUAUGUUUUACCAUUUGCUCGUCGAUUGAUUCUUAUUGAUCGUCCACCUAAAAAAACAUCUGGUAACAAACAUUAUGAUUCAUGUAUGCUAUGUCAACGUCAACCAUAUGAACCUACACCAUCAACAACACCAUCUUCUUUAUCAAGUUAUGAACACAAUACAACAUUUGACUCAUCAUCAUUACCCCCUUCUCCAUUUGUUUGUGAUCCUUAUGAAUCUUAUGAUUGGGAAUGUUAA